GAGACGUCCAAGAGCGGCUACGCGGAUGCGAUGGCCGUGUCACCAAUCCGCGACGCAAAGACCAUGCAGUACCAGGAAUUUGUGUCCUAUGAAACAUAUGUCUUCGACUGCGAUGGGGUCCUGUGGGGCAUCUCAGACGAGGACUCAAAAACCUCCGUCGGCACCGUCAAUCAUCUCCUUAGCCUCGGCAAGAGGGUGAUGUUCGUAACCAACAACUCCAACAAAACGCGCGCCCAGUUCCUUCAACAGCUGGAAGGGAAAGGCAUCAGCUUCGGAUCGAGGAGCCACGAGGAGAAGCUGAGCAUGAUGAUCAGCGCAUCUUACACGACCGCGGCCUACUUACAGAACAUGAAGCUCAAGCGGCCGUUCAUUAUCACCUCAGACACCGGCUUGCUGGAGGAAUGCCGCCUCCUAGGCAUUACGGACUACUUCGCGACCAUCGACGACAAUGGCAAGACGGCUCCCCAUUUCGAGAAGCUGGACAUGAUGGCCGCAGUAGACGCCAUCAAAGCACGACCACACGUGGACGCCAUUGUGGUUGGCUGGGACAUGCAACUGACGGCCUCAAAGGUUGCAGCAGCAGUGAACUACAUCAAAUGGCACGAAGACCUGCACUCUGGCAAGGCCGGCUACCAGGAGCUCCCUCUCAUUGCCUGCUCCAGCGACACGGGCGGCGUGCUUGGAAAGACCGUGCACAUGGGCCAAGAGCUGAAGGUCCGGGCCAUUGGAAACGGGGCCAUGGCCGACAUCAUCGGGCGAAGCUUUGACCCCCCAAAGGUCUGGAAGGACAUGGGAAAGCCAUCGGAGGCCUUGAUCCGGCUCCUCCGAAGCCCUCAGACGUACAACGUGGAUGUGAGCAAGACAUUGAUGGUCGGCGACACGCUUCAGACAGACAUCGUUUUUGGGAACGCGGCAGGCAUGAAGACGCUCUUGGUCCUGACUGGCGUGACGUCCAAGGAAGAGCUGGACGAGGAGCCAGCGCCGUGCGCAGUGCGGCACCUGCAGUAG